AUGGAGAAUCCGAGCCCCAGCCUCAAAUCGCUCGAAAAGAGAGUUAAUCCAGAAAUUGGAGAUUACCAAGAUGAACAACUAUACCAAUUGGGAUAUACACCCCAGUUGAAGCGCACACGAAAGCUAUCCACUAUGGUAUUCAUGUCUCUGUCAAUUGCUUCAAUUCCGUAUGGAGUCGGUAGUUCGUUGAUGAACGCCGUCUAUGGUGGAGGUCAACUGUCAUUGUUCAUUGGAUUGCUUGUCGUUUUAGUAUUGGAUUCCUGUGUUGCCGUCUCGCUUUCAGAAUUAGCAUCCCGAUAUCCAACUUCGUCCGGUGUUUAUCACUGGUCAUUCCGCCUACUAAAGUCGAACGAAAAUCGCGCUUUCAUUUCUUUCGUUACGGGCUGGAUAUGGCUUAUUGGGAACUGGACUAUAUCUCUUUCUGUCAAUUUCGGCAUCGCAUCCCUUAUUGUCGCCACUGUAUCGAUCUUUUACCCUGACUGGACGGCCUCAUCAUGGCAGCUUCUACUCAUAUUUUACGCCAUAUGUCUCAUCACAUUUGUCAUCUGCUUCUUCGGUGACCACCUACUGCCGCUCAUUGAUACUCUCUCCGCUGCGUGUUCUGUGGUGACUUGUAUCGCAUUUGCCAUAACCAUGGCUGUUUUGGCAGAAGAAGGUCGACACGAUGCUCAAACAGGUCUUGUUGGGUAUGAUCCAAGUUAUUCUGGAUGGGAGGAGCAUUUCACAUUUUUUAUUGGACUCCUUCCCCCAGCUUAUGCAUUCUCUGCUCUCGGGAUGACAGUGUCCAUGGCAGAGGAAUGCACAGAUCCUUCUACGCAAAUACCUACUGCGAUCAGUUUGGUACCUGUUGUCGCUGGGAUUGCCGCGGUGAUUUUCACCUUGCCUAUAUGUUUCACUCUACCGCCACUCGCCGAUAUUAUCAAUGCGCCGUAUGGCCAGGCAUUGCCAUACAUCAUCCACGUUGUAACAGGAUCACCGGCGGCAUCAAUUGUGCUCAUAGUACUUGUCCUAUUGGUCGCAAUAUUUUGUUCAAUCAGCAUCACAACGACGGCCGGGAGAUGUACUUGGGCAUUUUCCCGGGAUAACGCCCUGCCAUUGUCACAUUUAUGGUCUGCGACCGUGAAAGAUAGUCCUCUAUCGGCUUUAUGCCUCGUGACUGCAAUUGAAAUGCUCCUCGGUCUAAUUUAUCUUGGCAGUACGAGUGCCUUUACAGCUUUUGCAUCAGUUGGAGUUAUUGCCCUUGCAGUGGCCUAUGCUAUUCCUAUUGCAAUCAGUCUCUUUGUUGACAAGCGCGUUGAAGUUAGCCAAUCAUGUUGGAAGCUUAAGCCUGCGAUUGGCAAAAUUGCGAAUGGCAUUGCGCUGCUUUGGAUCGCAUUUCAGGUCGUUCUAUUCUGUAUGCCGGUGACUUUGCCCGUGAACAGUGAAACCAUGACUUACGCUUCCGUCGUUUUUGUCGGCUGUGUUGGUUUAAAUUUCAAAGGGCCCGUGGAAGAGAUCGAUGGUACAACACUCCAAUGA